AUGGCUGCUAUGGCUGAGCAUGUGAAUGCGGAGGAUGAUUUUGUGGAGAAUUUAGCUCGCCCAAGUUUUUUCUCAUUCAGUGCAUUUCAAGUUGCUUUGAAAGAGCACCAGACGAAACAUUUCGUUGUUUUCGUCUGUAUAGACUCCAUAAAGAGCAGCAAUUCGCUACCUUUGUAUGAAAAAGCCUCCUACCGUUGCAGCAGACAUCCCUGCAGACGAAGCAGAAGCCGUGGAAUUCGUCGCACCUGCAAACUAACCUGUGUUCUUGAUCUGGGAUUCGAAAUGCUUACCCCUAUCUUUCGACUUGAGCAAACAGAUACCGUGCUCAAAGUCAUUGUUCACGCACCGAUGGCCAAGUUAAGUGAGUUAGAAAUCUGCGUGGAGGAUGACAUCUUUUACUUCACUGCUCCUCCCUACUAUCUGCAGUUUAACCUACCCGGCCCUGUUUUUACGGAAGAGGAGACAUUCAAAAUUGAAUUCGAUGACGGUGAUAUAACUAUUGAGCUUCGAAAAGUUGACCGUACACCCUACAAAGAUCUUGGUUUAAUCACAAAACUUCUUAAUCACACUUCAUUGCUCAAACUUCCGUCAAACCCCCCGCUUAUUAAAGAAAUCCAAAACGAGGCCUCUAAACAAUCAACAAAAUUCUCCUCUCUGCGUUGGUUCUUUUUUGAUCAGUAUGAUGCAGACUCCCUGGAUGAAAACUGUUCUCCUGGGAUACUACUCACACCUCCUUUCUAUGGCUUCUCUGGCAGAAAGUCUGGUUUGUUUCAAGUCGAUUCAGACCUCUCCUACGUGAUCGACUUACCUGAUCCAGACAGAGUUAGUCCGGAGAGGCGGUCCACACUCCGUAUAGCCGAGGAAAAGAAAAAGUUCUCUGCGGAGCACUACCUUGCGGACUUUUUUGAACCCGAAGUUUGGGCUGCAGCGAAAACGACCCACCCAGCUUGGCGAGGUGUCCCUUCGGACAUGGAACCAGAACUGACAAACGAAGAACGCCACCGACUGAUUGCUCUGGCGGCGCGCAAGCUUCCUCCAGCCCCGGAUGAGGAAUCAGAGGAAGUGUCGUUGUAUCUCGGACUGGUAGACCUGCUGUUAGCCUAUGUCUACGACUAUCGUGUUCGUGAAGCUGAAGAGAUGACUGAAUCAGGUUGGAAUAUUGCCAAGUUGGCUUCAACUUUGUCCUGGUUUGAGGUUUUCCACAACCUACCACAACUUCUUACCACCUUCUACCGGCGAGCAUUGGUCUACCCACUUGUUAGAAGCUGGAAGUUCUGUGUUCUCAUUCGCCUAGAUGUUGCCGCACUACUUCGGAUGAAACACGUCAAAUCGUGGUGCUUAAAGUGUUUGCUUGAUAUUCGACGCCUACUCAUCGCCUAUCCCGGCUAUCAUGUUUUUGCGGACCUCUACCUGGAUGACUAUAUUGUUUGGAUUCAAACGCGGGCUCAAGAGGAUCAUUUGCAUAGUCUUGGACAGGCGCUGAAGGCGUCGUCUUCCAACGACUGGGUGACUUGGCUCAAUGACUCACCACCAAUCAGCAGCCGCCCUCCCUCCCGCCGUGAACCUUCGGUCCUGACAAACAUUGAGCGCGCAGUUGGUUCCCGCGCCAGCUCAUCCUAUAGCGCCAAGCGCUGGAUUAUGGAUGAUUUAAACCGCCUUUACGAACACCAGACAAUGAUGGCCAUUGGAAUAUACUCAUUCUUGGAUAAUCUCCUGGCUCAUAUGCCCAGCAGAUCAGAAGCUGACAGUGAAACGGCUGUUGAUGCUGACUGUCCACCACCCAGUGCAGGUAUAAACAACCUGCGGUUUCGACCGGGUCUUAAUGAUCUUGCUGGAAGUUUGCUAGGAUUAAGUAGGCCAGAUUCAUUUCGCGACAGACAGGAGCGAAUUCGGAUUCUACCCAGGAUACCCACCUGGUCCCCUAGACCGGAACCAGUGGACUCAGCACUGAACACUAACGAUGAGGAAAUCACGUCUGAUUCAGCUGAGCCAACAGUCAAGAUGGACACAAGUCCCGGCGGAUUUCCGGAAGACAUCUUCAUUUAUCUUUCUGCGCGGGAAAAAGAGGAAUAUAUGUGUUCUAUCUGUGCUAUGUACUUCUAUUUCAGCUACUCGGUCCUUAAAGAACCAUACCAGUGUAAAAACGAACACAGGUUUUGCUAUGGUUGCAUCUACACCUGGUCCACUGGUUCAAGCGCAGGUCACGAUGGUUGUCCCGUGUGUCGGUGUGACGGGCUGUACGCGAAAAAUUAUGACCUCGUGGAGAGAAUCAACAAAAAAAGAACUCGAUGUACACAGAUCGGCUGCAACUGGAUGGGGAUUUUGAAAGAACACGAAAAGCAUGAACAUCGCCGUUACAGUCCGUUUGAAUUAGAUAUUCUGCUUUCCGACUGUUCGAAGCAGUUGAUAAGCAGACCACUUGAGAAGGUGCCGCAACAGGAACAAGUGAUACAGAAACAAUCAGAAGAAAUGAUGAUGGUAUCGGAACAGGAACAGCUGGAUUCAGCUUCACCUUCUGAGGAAUAUGAUACUCCGGCGGUUGGAUUAUUGCCAAACUCUUGCGUAUCUGUAGACUCAUCUCUGGAGGAAGUUGCUAAUACGGACCAGCAGAAUGUGACACCAAAUGGUUUGAACAGGCUCGGAAUGAAUAUAAGACCACCAUCGAAUCGUCGGCAACAUAACAGACGCCCAGGAAGGACUAGUUCGAACAGCGAUUAUCGUACAAACGCAUCUCAAUCCCGUCUUUCAAUCAGACCACAUCAGGCGGUCCAAAACGUGUCCUCCAGAGUAACAAGGGUGCCCAUUGCAAACAGCACAGCACGAGCGGGAAAUAACAGGUCCACCACACAUCGUACAGAUAGAUGCGACAGGAAUGCUGGCCGAUUACAGCCAGUUCACUUAAACGUUAUCAACAACUCUCGUCCCUCAGUUAGUCCCUCUUGCUUCGAAUCAGCCAGUAAUGGGGAAAGAGCUCUCGGUCAUUUGAUGAGAUCUCACUCUUCCAUGGAACAUGCAUUUAACACAGACACUCGACUUUUACCACUAAGAACACCUACCAGUAAUAGUUCAGCCGAAGUUACGAUAGCUUCACACCAGGAAACGCAACGGAAUUGUCCGCCUUCCAUUAUGCAGACAGAAAUCCCACCCUCACCGACGUAUCACGCAGCAAGGCAACAGCUAUACAACCGUCGAACAAAUGAAGCUCUCCAUACACUUGAUGUCAGUAAUGCUGAAAGUCCAGCCACAAACACAACAAACGGCAUUAGUCACUUCAGCCUCCCGGCUAUUCAUCCGGGUGCAAAUUUAACAGCACGCCAGAGUACAAGACCAUAUUAUGAAGCUGCUUCGGCUGUCGCAGCUAGUGCAGAAGAGAGAAACCCAAAUGAGUCCUCUCGCGUCUCCAUAAACCAUCCGCCGAGGGAAUCGAGACCCCUGGAAUUCCGCCGCCUUGUACCGAGGAGAUCAAGUAGGGUAGUGGAACAGCUGCGUGAAACGCGGGAACAACUGGCAGCCAUGUUGCGUUUAAUGACUCUAGAACUUGAAGAGAGGCGUCAACAUGUCUUAGCUGCCACAUUAGAAACUGCUUCCGGAGGCCGGUUAUUACGCAGUGUGCCUUCGCAAAUGACAGAUAAUAGAACAACCACAGAGCAAUCCGAAACGGAUACUAGAGAAAAUGCGCAAGAAGUUAGGAGGAACGUCAGCAACAACCAAAAUCGACAAAACAGCAAUCUUAUGGCUUCUUUGAACAUCCUUCGAAAUCUACCCACCCCUGAGAGAAGAGGUCGCAUAGGUCAUUAUGAACCAUUGCAUCAGUUAACUAACCGAUAUUUGGGUGAACGAAUUAACGGUGGAGAGUAUGUGGCGCCACUUCAAAGCAAUAGAUUUAGAUCGGUAGAAUCACAGUCCGGUGUGGAGGAUGAAGACGACCUUUCUUCAAGUACUGUCGCCAGUGCAAGUACAACCGAAAACGGACCGAGUGCAACGUCUACCUCAAGAUUGCUCACACGAUUACGCAUGAGGUCACGUGAACGCACAUCAAUACCUUCGGUGCUCCUGGUUACCGGGCGCAGGAGUCUUGGUCAUCUUCUGUCCGAACUGCGAUAUCCACGGGCAUCGGUUAACGACUGGAGCAGUGACGAGGACGACGAGGAUGAACUGAAUGGACUUUAAUAGCUCCACACCCAAACAUGUACUGUUACACCAUAUGUCUAUACUAUAUUGACUGUAAAGCAAUCUGGUUUUCAGUGUCUGAUCUUAUUUCACUGCAACUAUUCUCGCAG